GGCAGCCCAAGCAGCAGCAUGGGCAGCAUGGAGCAGAAAUGCUGAAACGACUCAUAUUCAUCGCCGUGGCACGCGCGCACGUCGUGCACGAGCUGUUCGACAGCGCGCACCGGCCGGAGCUGCCGUCCCUCCCAUUGGUCUAUGAUGAUGGCGCGACGCAGCCGCUGCGCCUCUGGGAGGGCGACGACGUGGUUGCAUCCCUCGCGGCGGCAGGGCCUCAAACAGGUCCGGCCUACGUCGACCGCGUCGUGCGCGCGGCGUACGCGCGCGCGCACGCCGCAAAUAGGACGCUGCGGCGGCGCUGGGCCGUAAUCGUCGCGUCGCCGUCCGCCAGGAUCACGCGACGUACCGCCACAAAAGCGCUGUGGGCGUCGGCACUCUCAGCCUGUGCGCAUGCCGCUUCUGUUGUCGUGGUGGCGGACGGCUUUUCCAUCUCACAAGACGAUCGCGCGGCGUUGGGGACGGCCUUGAACGCCUCGGGCUGUGUGCGGGCGUCGCUUGUCGUGCUGCGCGAGUGGACGGGGCCCGCGGCGGCGUACGCCGCCGGCGCCGCAUCUGUCACCGACGAGCGCGCGAUGCUGCUGUUCGUGCCCUGGGGCGUCUCGCUCGCGGAAGACGCCUUCGUGGCCUACGAGCGGAUGCUGCGCGGCUAUGGUGAUAGCGUCGUGGCGUACGCGCCGACCCACAAAAACGGCUGCUCGCGCCUGCCGGUCGUCGCCGUCGAUGCAACCAAGUGGCGCGCGAUCCCAAAGCCGGACGUCGGCUACGCGCUCGACGGCGGCGUCGCGGCGUGGCUCGCGGCGCUGGAGGAUUCUGGAGACGCCGUCGAGGCGCGGUGGAGAGUAGAGACUAGUAGUCCUGAAGAGGGCGCAAUCCUGCUCGACCUCGACUGGGAGCGCCUGAUCCAGCGCGACGCGGACCAGUUCCACCUGGCGCGGCGCGAAAUUGGAGAGCCACCUUUACAAGAACGUCAGACAUGGCUCCGAGGCCCGAGCGCCAUCUCUACCCAGCGGCACGAGCGCGAGGGCCGGGGAGAGGGCACGGUCGCCGCGUCCCUCUGCGUUUAUGAUGAUGAUCGGUUCCUCGAGAGCCUCGUGGAGGACCUCCUGCCGCGGCUCCGUCACCUCAUCAUCUCGCACGCGACGGCGCCGUGGUUCGGUACGGCGCGGCCGGCCGGGUUCCUGAGAGCAGCACAAACAGUCGACCGCAUCCGCAGCAACGCACCAGACAAGGUCCGCGUCGUCAACGGCGCCUGGCCGUCGGAAGAGGCCCAGCGGAACGCGGCGCUGCAGCUCGCCGCCACGUUACUCCCGAGACCGACGCACUUGUUAUUAGUCGACGGCGACGAGUUCUGGCACCCCGUGGAGUUGGACCGGGCCCUCGCGUUGGUCUACCAGGCCUCGCAGACACGAAGAAUCAGUUGGGUGCGCGCGACGAUGGCCACGUACUUCAAGACCGUGCGCUUCGUCGUCGACCCGCCGGAGCCCUUGAAGAUCCUGUGGCUCGUCGAGGUACCCCUUCACCAUACUCCGGUGACCUGCGGCUUCUCGGAAGCGCGGAACUGGGCCUGUUCUUCAUCAGAUGCAUCGAUCGACCUCGCUGCGACGAUCGAGGCCCUGGGCACCUUUGUAGAUCCUACAACUGCCAAAUGCCACCAUUUAUCUUAUGUGCGCACGACGGAGGAACUGCACGACAAAUUAACGUCCUUCGCGCACGCGCGCGACGUGCGCGAGAAUUGGCUGCGCGACGUCUGGCAUGCUUGGGAUAUGAACAAAAGCCUCGAGGACCUGCACCCGACGCACCCUCCGGCGUUCAAGCGCACGGUCGUGCAGGAAUUGCACGAGAUGCCGCCGGCGUUGAGGAGGCUGGCGGAGGUGAGCGGUACUCCUUCCAUCUUGGAGCUGGGACCGCCGCCUCCUCUUGUGGAACCCCCGGUACGUCAAGACCAACCUGUCACGGAGGAGGAAACGGACCUGCAGUGGAAGACGCUCGCGCCGGGCCACUUCGAGAGCGUGCUGACCGCGGCCGAGUUGCAAAGGAGGCCCAAGUUGGACAUAGACGCCACGCCCUCGGAACCGCGGUGCGAUUCUGAGGGAGCGCCGCGCUUCGUUGUUCUCGUGCUAGGCGAGGGCGAGCUCGACGAUAGCACCGAGGGCGUGUUUGCGGACUCAGCUGAAGCUGUGGCCGACGCGUUGAGGGAGCUUGGAGUUUCUAGGGUUUCCGUCGUGUACUGCGCGGAUGCGAGAUUAUGUAAAGCGCCGCGCGACGCUCCUUUUUUCACCGUCGUACUAGGAGCGCACCACUUAGCUCGCUACCGUUUUGAUGAUCACGGCGUGUCAAAGACCCUGUGCGAGAUGCAGGGCUGGCCGGCCCCCGAUUCGUCGGUGCUGUACAAUUUCGAAACGGUCAAUGAGCAGACGCUGCUCAAGGACAUCUUCCCGCGGUGGGCGCUCAAGAAGCACCUCUGGGACUACUCGUCGGCGUCGGUGCUGAAGCUGGCGCGGUUGAAGAUCGACGCGCGGCACGUCCCGCUCGGGUGGUCUGACUCGCUCGAGCGGUAUGCUCCCGUUGACGAACAGAGAGACCUGGGCGUCGUGUUCGUCGGUCGCAUGAACGGACGGAGGAGGCAGGUCCUCUUGGAACUAAGAAAGAGGGGCGUGCCGGUCUACCACGCCAACGCCGACGCCUUGCUCUUCGGCGAUGGGUUGCGAGAUGUUCUUAGAAGAGCACGCGUCGUGCUCUCGCUGGCAUACUUCGGCGACGCCGACGAGUGGAAGGCGACGCGCUACCUGCCGAGCAUCGCCGCGGGGGCCGUCGUCGUCGCCGAGGCCGGCGGUGCGCCUCUGGAGCGGGAGGCCUGGCGCGAGGCCGUGGUGUUUGUGGAGGGCGUCGAGGCCAUGGUCGAUGUUGUGAAAUUCUACGCGUCUAACGAAACGGCGCGGGCAGAAAGGGCCCGGCGCGCGGCGGCUGUUUUGAAGGCGCGCAGAUUCGCGGCGGCCCUGCGUGGCCCCGUCGAGGACCUCGUGCUCGGGUCGUGCCGGUUCUGGCGGGCGGCUGAUGUUGGGGAUGCGGAGGCUUGGCGGUGGCGUGUGGCGGCGACUUCGUCUUCUUCCGCUUCCGGGGGUGAGCUCUAGUUGUAUAAGUGUUAUUCAUGUUCGCACAUU